AUGGCUUCAAAGAAGUGCGGCGCUGCCAUUGGUUUGGCGAGUGCAGUGGCUGGUAGCGCCUUUAUUGCCGGAACAGGCAGCACUAAGUCCAGCGCCUUGCGUGGAGUGAGGACUCAACAGGCGCAGACUUCCCCCGUUUUAGCUUCCACCUCCGCCUCCACUGCCUCGACUGCCUCGUAUGCAGCAGCCUCGGUGGUGGCAGCUAGCGCGGGCGUAGUGUUGGCCACUCGGCCUGGUGCCAAGUUUAGCAAAACCACUGUGACCGCCUUGAAGGCGUUCGAGCAGGAGCUUGGUGUUCAGCCACCUGUCGGUUUUUGGGAUCCUCUAGGGCUUUCCAAGGAUGGCGACGUUGAGGCAUUUAAGCGAAGACGCUCAGUGGAGCUUAAGCAUGGAAGGAUUGCUAUGCUGGCGACUAUGGGCUACAUCACUCCAGAAAUUGCUGGAAAAUUUCCUGGUUAUCUUUCACCAUCAGCUGGAUUGAAGUUUGCAGAUGUGCCAAAUGGCCUGGCAGCAAUCUCCAAGGUGCCGCCUGGUGGUUGGACGCAGAUCUUACUCUACAUGGGCUGGUGCGAGGUGAGCCGUGGCCCAGGCUCUGACAUCGCCAGCGGCAGACCAGGUGAUUUCGGUUGGUAUGUGCUGACCUCCGCCGAUCCAGAGCAGAAGAAACAGAAGCUCAACGCCGAACUGGCCAACGGAAGACUUGCCAUGAUGGCCAUUAUUGGAAUGUUUUACCAAGAUGGUCUCACAGGCUCUGCGUGGGGUGACUGGUCCCUGUACACCGACUCCCCUUUGCGAGCCUUCGAGAACGAAACAGGAGUUCAGCCACCUGUUGGAUUCUGGGAUCCGCUUGGCCUUUCGGUGAGCGGAAACCUGUCGGACUACAAGCGCCGACGCGAAGUUGAGUUGAAGCACGGCCGUGUCGCCAUGUUCGCCACGAUUGGAUACAUCCUCCCAGAGUACUGGCGCUUUCCUGGCUAUCUCUCCAAAUUUCUCGACAUCAAGUUCUCUGAAGUUCCCAAUGGAUUGUCUGCCUUCUCCAAAGUUCCAGCACUGGGAUGGUUGCAGAUUGUGGGCUUCGCUGGCAUUGUGGAACUGAACGUCUACAACGAACAAGUCAACGACGAGCCUGGAAACUACGGCGCAGGUUUCCUCGGUCUUAGGUCCAUUGGCUUCAUGAAUGCUGGCAUUGCGGACCCAGAAGUCAGGAAGAAGAAGCUCAAUGCGGAAUUGGCAAAUGGGCGUUUGGCGAUGUUUGCCAUCAUCGGCAUGUUUUUCCAGGACGGCCUCACUGGAUCUGCAUGGGGCGACUGGGCCAAUUACACAGAUUCGCCACUGCGUGCUUUCGAGGGCGAAUUGGGCGUGCAGCCUCCGGUGGGCUUCUGGGACCCCCUUGGCCUCUCCUCAGACGGUGACCUGGCCGUCUUCAAGCGCCGACGCGAGGUUGAGCUGAAGCAUGGCAGGAUCUCCAUGUUUGCGGCAAUGGGAUACAUAACUCCUGAAUACUUCAAAUUUCCUGGAGAGCUCUCUCCCAAGCUCGGCCUCAAGUUCGCUGACAUCCCAAACGGACUGGCUGCCAUCUCCAAGGUGCCUGGUCAGGGAUGGGCGCAGAUCGUGGCAUUCCUUGGAACCUAUGAGCUUUUCAUCAACAAGCCAGUCGGAGAUGAACCCGGCAACUAUGGCAAGGGCAACCUUGGCCUUGGCUUCCUUGGACCAGUCAAAGAUCCAGAAGCACGCAAAAGGAAGCUUUCUGCCGAGUUGGCGAACGGACGUUUGGCCAUGAUGGCCAUCAUCGGAAUGUUCUUCCAGGACGGCCUCACUGGCUCUGCCUGGGGUGACUGGGCCUUGUACACUGACUCUCCACUGCGCAGCGGAGUGAAAAGCCCUGGCUACAACACCUUGCCAGAGUGGGAGAAGCCAAAGACCGGCUUCGAAGGCCUUGUGGGUGACCAGGCACCUGUCGGCUUCUGGGACCCCCUUGGUCUUUCCAAGGACAAGGAUCUUGAGGUCUUCAAGAGGCUGGGUUGUUACAUUGCCCCAGAGUAUUACAGAUUUGAUGGCUACUUGUCCCCGUCCAUGAACCUGAAGUUUAGCGACGUGCCAAACGGCCUGAAGGCGCUCUCCGUGGUGCCCAAAGAGGGCUGGGCUCAGAUUCUUGCUUUCGCUGGCUUCCUCGAGUUGGUUGUCAACAAGAAGACUUCCGAGCCAGGCAAUUAUGGAAAGGGCAACCUCGGCCUUGGCCUGAUCGGCUUCGGCAACUCCGUCCAGGAUCCUGAGACAAGGACACGAAAACUUAACGCAGAACUCGCCAACGGACGUUUGGCCAUGAUGGCCAUUAUCGGCAUGUUUUUCCAGGAUGGCCUGACUGGUUCCGCCUGGGGCGAUUGGGCAAAUUACACCGACUCUCCUCUGCGUGCGUUCGAAGGUGAGCUAGGUGUGCAGCCUCCGGUGGGCUUCUGGGACCCCCUUGGCCUUUCCUCAGACGGUGACCUGGCCGUCUUCAAGCGCCGACGCGAGGUUGAGCUGAAGCAUGGCAGGAUCUCCAUGUUUGCGGCAAUGGGAUACAUAACUCCUGAAUACUUCAAAUUUCCUGGAGAGCUCUCUCCCAAGCUCGGCCUCAAGUUCGCUGACAUCCCAAACGGACUGGCUGCCAUCUCCAAGGUGCCUGGUCAGGGAUGGGCGCAGAUCGUGGCAUUCCUUGGAACCUAUGAGCUUUUCAUCAACAAGCCAGUCGGAGAUGAACCCGGCAACUAUGGCAAGGGCAACCUUGGCCUUGGCUUCCUUGGACCAGUCAAAGAUCCAGAAGCACGCAAAAAGAAGCUUUCUGCCGAGUUGGCGAACGGACGUUUGGCCAUGAUGGCCAUCAUCGGAAUGUUCUUCCAGGACGGCCUCACUGGCUCUGCCUGGGGUGACUGGGCCUUGUACACUGACUCUCCACUGCGCAGCGGAGUGAAAAGCCCUGGCUACAACACCUUGCCAGAGUGGGAGAAACCAAAGACCGGCUUCGAAGGCCUUGUGGGUGACCAGGCACCUGUCGGCUUCUGGGACCCCCUUGGUCUUUCCAAGGACAACGAUCUUGAGGUCUUCAAGAGGCGUCGUGAGACCGAGAUCAAGCACGGCAGGGUGGCGAUGUUCGCAACCAUGGGUUACAUUGCCCCAGAGUACUACAGAUUUGAUGGCUACUUGUCCCCGUCCAUGAACCUGAAGUUUAGCGACGUGCCAAACGGCCUGAAGGCACUCUCCGUGGUGCCCAAAGAGGGCUGGGCUCAGAUCCUUGCUUUCGCUGGCUUCCUCGAGUUGGUUGUCAACAAGAAGACUUCCGAGCCAGGCAAUUAUGGAAAGGGCAACCUCGGCCUUGGCCUGAUCGGCUUCGGCAACUCCGUCCAGGAUCCUGAGACAAGGACACGAAAACUUAACGCAGAACUCGCCAACGGACGUUUGGCCAUGAUGGCCAUUAUCGGCAUGUUUUUCCAGGAUGGCCUGACUGGUUCCGCCUGGGGCGAUUGGGCAAAUUACACCGACUCUCCUCUGCGUGCGUUCGAAGGUGAGCUAGGUGUGCAGCCUCCGGUGGGCUUCUGGGACCCCCUUGGCCUUUCCUCAGACGGUGACCUGGCCGUAUUCAAGCGCCGACGCGAGGUUGAGCUGAAGCAUGGCAGGAUCUCCAUGUUUGCGGCAAUGGGAUACAUAACUCCUGAAUACUUCAAAUUUCCUGGAGAGCUCUCUCCCAAGCUCGGCCUCAAGUUCGCUGACAUCCCAAACGGACUGGCUGCCAUCUCCAAGGUGCCUGGUCAGGGAUGGGCGCAGAUCGUGGCAUUCCUUGGAACCUAUGAGCUUUUCAUCAACAAGCCAGUCGGAGAUGAACCCGGCAACUAUGGCAAGGGCAACCUUGGCCUUGGCUUCCUUGGACCAGUCAAAGAUCCAGAAGCACGCAAAAAGAAGCUUUCUGCCGAGUUGGCGAACGGACGUUUGGCCAUGAUGGCCAUCAUCGGAAUGUUCUUCCAGGACGGCCUCACUGGCUCUGCCUGGGGUGACUGGGCCUUGUACACUGACUCUCCGCUGCGCAGCGGAGUGAAAAGCCCUGGCUACAACACCUUGCCAGAGUGGGAGAAACCAAAGACCGGCUUCGAAGGCCUUGUGGGUGACCAGGCACCUGUCGGCUUCUGGGACCCCCUUGGUCUUUCCAAGGACAACGAUCUUGAGGUCUUCAAGAGGCGUCGUGAGACCGAGAUCAAGCACGGCAGGGUGGCGAUGUUCGCAACCAUGGGUUACAUUGCCCCAGAGUACUACAGAUUUGAUGGCUACUUGUCCCCAUCCAUGAACCUGAAGUUUAGCGACGUGCCAAACGGCCUGAAGGCGCUCUCCGUGGUGCCCAAAGAGGGCUGGGCUCAGAUUCUUGCUUUCGCUGGCUUCCUCGAGUUGGUUGUCAACAAGAAGACCUCCGAGCCAGGCAAUUAUGGAAAGGGCAACCUCGGCCUUGGCCUGAUCGGCUUCGGCAACUCCGUCCAGGAUCCUGAGACAAGGACACGAAAACUUAACGCAGAACUCGCCAACGGACGUUUGGCCAUGAUGGCCAUUAUCGGCAUGUUUUUCCAGGAUGGCCUGACCGGCUCCGCCUGGGGUGAUUGGGCCAACUACACGAUGGUCGACCUCCUUACACGCAGAGGUUUGGCACAAGGCACCGCCAGCCAUCUAAAAGAGGCACCUUUUUCUUGCGCGGUGCCCUUCCGGAUGGCUUCAAAGAGGUAUGGCGCCGUGGGCGUCGGCUUAGCAGGUGCGGUUGCAGGGAGCGCUUUUAUUGCGUCUCCAGGAAGCCAAACAAAGAAUGGCGCCCUUCGCGCCACAAGAGCAGCACCACAGGCUGCUAGCGCCAGCGCCUCCAGCGCGGCGUCCACGGCCUCCUAUGCGGCGGCCUCUGUUGUAGCAGCAAGUGCUGGCGUGCUCCUCACGCGACGGCCCGGCGCCAUGAGCAAGACCACUGUUACCGCAUUGCAGGCAUUUGAGCAGGAACUUGGCGUUCAGCCACCUGUGGGCUUCUGGGACCCCGCAGGGCUCUCCAAGGAUGGUGAUGUGGAGGCGUUCAAGCGCAGACGGUCAGUAGAGCUGAAGCAUGGAAGGAUUGCCAUGCUUGCCACCAUGGGUUACAUCACUCCAGAAAUCGCCGGCAAAUUUCCUGGCUACCUCUCACCAUCAGCUGGCUUGAAGUUCGCCGAUGUCCCCAAUGGCUUGGCAGCUAUCUCGAAGGUGCCAGCAGGUGGUUGGACGCAGAUCCUACUCUACAUGGGCUGGUGCGAGGUGAGCCGUGGCCCUGGCUCUGACAUUGCUAGCGGCAGACCAGGCGAUUUUGGCUGGUAUGUCCUGACCUCGGCUGAUCCCGAGAAGAAAACACAGAAACUCAAUGCCGAACUGGCCAAUGGAAGACUUGCCAUGAUGGCAAUCAUCGGAAUGUUUUACCAGGAUGGCCUCACAGGCUCCGCUUGGGGCGAUUGGUCGCUCUACACCGACUCGCCUCUGCGAGCCUUCGAGAACGAGACAGGUGUGCAGCCUCCUGUGGGCUUUUGGGAUCCCUUGGGUCUCUCGGUGAGCGGAAAUUUGUCCGACUACAAGCGUCGACGAGAAGUAGAACUGAAGCACGGCCGUGUGGCCAUGUUUGCAACGAUCGGAUAUAUCCUGCCGGAAUACUGGCGCUUCCCAGGAUAUUUGUCCAAGUUCCUAGACAUCAAGUUCUCUGAAGUUCCCAAUGGAUUGUCUGCCUUCUCCAAAGUUCCAGCACUGGGAUGGUUGCAGAUCGUGGGCUUCGCUGGCAUCGUAGAACUCAAUGUCUACAAUGAACAGGUCAAUGACGAGCCUGGCAACUACGGUGCCGGCUUCCUUGGAUUGAGGUCCAUCGGCUUCAUGAAUGCGGGCAUUGCAGACCCAGAGGUUAGAAAGAAGAAGCUCAAUGCGGAGUUGGCUAACGGUCGUCUGGCAAUGUUUGCCAUCAUCGGAAUGUUCUUUCAGGAUGGCCUGACGGGCUCUGCUUGGGGUGACUGGGCCAACUACACCGACUCUCCGUUGCGGGCCUUCGAGGGUGAGUUGGGUGUGCAGCCUCCGGUGGGCUUCUGGGACCCCCUUGGCCUCUCCUCAGACGGUGACCUGGCCGUCUUCAAGCGCCGACGCGAGGUUGAGCUGAAGCAUGGCAGGAUCUCCAUGUUUGCGGCAAUGGGAUACAUAACUCCUGAAUACUUCAAAUUUCCUGGAGAGCUCUCUCCCAAGCUCGGCCUCAAGUUCGCUGACAUCCCAAACGGACUGGCUGCCAUCUCCAAGGUGCCUGGUCAGGGAUGGGCGCAGAUCGUGGCACUCCUUGGAACCUAUGAGCUUUUCAUCAACAAGCCAGUCGGAGAUGAACCCGGCAACUAUGGCAAGGGCAACCUCGGCCUUGGCUUCCUUGGACCAGUCAAAGAUCCAGAAGCACGCAAAAGGAAGCUUUCUGCCGAGUUGGCGAACGGACGUUUGGCCAUGAUGGCCAUCAUCGGAAUGUUCUUCCAGGACGGCCUCACUGGCUCUGCCUGGGGUGACUGGGCCUUGUACACUGACUCUCCGCUGCGCAGCGGAGUGAAAAGCCCUGGCUACAACACCUUGCCAGAGUGGGAGAAGCCAAAGACCGGCUUCGAAGGCCUUGUGGGUGACCAGGCACCUGUCGGCUUCUGGGACCCCCUUGGUCUUUCCAAGGACAAGGAUCUUGAGGUCUUCAAGAGGCGUCGUGAGACCGAGAUCAAGCACGGCAGGGUGGCGAUGUUCGCAACCAUGGGUUACAUUGCCCCAGAGUACUACAGAUUUGAUGGCUACUUGUCCCCGUCCAUGAACCUGAAGUUUAGCGACGUGCCAAACGGCCUGAAGGCGCUCUCCGUGGUGCCCAAAGAGGGCUGGGCGCAGAUCCUUGCUUUCGCUGGCUUCCUCGAGUUGGUUGUCAACAAGAAGACCUCCGAGCCAGGCAAUUAUGGAAAGGGCAACCUCGGCCUUGGCCUGAUCGGCUUCGGCAACUCCGUCCAGGAUCCUGAGACAAGGACACGAAAACUUAACGCAGAACUCGCUAACGGACGUUUGGCCAUGAUGGCCAUCAUCGGAAUGUUCUUCCAGGACGGCCUCACUGGCUCUGCCUGGGGUGACUGGGCCUUGUACACUGACUCUCCGCUGCGCAGCGGAGUGAAAAGCCCUGGCUACAACACCUUGCCAGAGUGGGAGAAGCCAAAGACCGGCUUCGAAGGCCUCGUGGGUGACCAGGCACCUGUCGGCUUCUGGGACCCCCUUGGUCUUUCCAAGGACAAGGAUCUUGAGGUCUUCAAGAGGCGUCGUGAGACCGAGAUCAAGCACGGCAGGGUGGCGAUGUUCGCAACCAUGGGUUACAUUGCCCCAGAGUACUACAGAUUUGAUGGCUACUUGUCCCCGUCCAUGAACCUGAAGUUUAGCGACGUGCCAAACGGCCUGAAGGCGCUCUCCGUGGUGCCCAAAGAGGGCUGGGCGCAGAUCCUUGCUUUCGCUGGCUUCCUCGAGUUGGUUGUCAACAAGAAGACCUCCGAGCCAGGCAAUUAUGGAAAGGGCAACCUCGGCCUUGGCCUGAUCGGCUUCGGCAACUCCGUCCAGGAUCCUGAGACAAGGACACGAAAACUUAACGCAGAACUCGCUAACGGACGUUUGGCCAUGAUGGCCAUCAUCGGAAUGUUCUUCCAGGACGGCCUCACUGGCUCUGCCUGGGGUGACUGGGCCUUGUACACUGACUCCCCCCUUCGUGCUUUCGAGAAUGAGCUUGGAGUGCAAGCACCUGUCGGAUUUUGGGACCCACUUGGGUUCACCAAAGGCGACGAUGCGGCCUCCUUCCGCCGUCGCCGCUAUGUGGAGCUGAAGCACGGACGUGUGGCCAUGUUCGCUUGCCUUGGCUACAUCGUUCCUGAGUACUACCGCUGGCCAGGAGAUUUGUCUCCAUCCCUUGGCCUGAAGUUCAGCGAUGUGCCAACAGGUUUUGCCGCAUUCUCGAAAGUGCCACUGUCCGGCUGGGCUCAAAUGGUUGCAUUCGCAGGCACCGUUGAGCUCUUUCAGUACGUGGAUGAUCCCAAGCGCCCACCAGGAGACUUUGAGAACGCAGGAUUCUUGGGCAUCCCAAACGGCUUUGUAAAGAUCAACGACCCUGAGGUGAAACAGAAGAAAUUGGCAGCCGAGCUGGCGAACGGAAGACUGGCGAUGAUGGCAAUCAUCGGCAUGUUCUUCCAAAAUGGCUUGACAGGAGAGGCUUGGGGUGACUGGUCCCUUUACACCGACUCUCCUUUGCGGGCCUUUGAGGGCGAGUUGGGCGUUCAAGCGCCAGUCGGAUUUUGGGAUCCGCUCGGCCUUUCUGCAGAUGGCGACGUAGACACCUUCAAGCGCCGAAGAGCGGCGGAGUUGAAGCAUGGCAGGAUCUGCAUGUUGGCCUGCAUUGGCUACAUUGUGCCCGAGUACUUCAGAUGGCCUGGCUAUUUGUCACCGGAGAAGGGCAUCAAGUUUGCGGACAUGCCCCAUGGUAUUGCAGCAAUCUCCAAGGUUCCAUUGGAAGGAUGGGUGCAGAUCGUGCUCUUCUUGGGCCACUACGAGGGCUAUUUCUGGCGACAGGACCCAAAGCGGGCUCCGGGAGACUAUGAAGGCUACGGAUUCCUUGGUGCGGGAAAGAACUUCAUCUUCAACUUCGACCCAAUCGAGUUCAAGGACCCAGAGGUUAGAAAGACCAAGUUGGCAGCAGAAAUCGCAAAUGGGCGACUCGCCAUGGUGGCGCUGAUGGCAAUGCUUUUCCAGAACGGCACCGUGGGAACCACGGGCCCUGCGAUGUGGCUGCCUGCUGCGUGA